CGAACAUCCUAAAUCACGCGUCGACGCGUUUUCCUCGAUUCUCAUCUUCAACCUUUUCGAGAAAUGCCUUCCAAGAAGGUUAAUCCCAUUGAGGUCGCGAAUUUGAAAUCAAUAGGGGACUUCAUCACCGAGUAUCUUCCUCCUGGUGAACAGUGGAAGACAUGGAUUCAUCCCAGGACCAAAGACGAAUAUGAAGUCUCACUCCAAACGGCCAAGGCACUCUCAGAACCAGAUUUCGAAGCUUGCUUCUAUCUUAUCGAGUUCACCAGCUCAACCGACUACAAAAACUCCAAAGAUGGCUGGAAGCCGCGGUCCAAACGGAAGGAGAUGAAACUCUUGGAUCUCAAAUACCUCCUUGUCAAACGGGAUAGCAAAGUCGAGGGCUUUGUGUCACUAAUGCCGACAUACGAGGAUGGGUGCCCAGUCAUGUACUGCUACGAAAUACACCUCUCUCCAGCUCUGCAAGGAACUGGAUUAGGCACGGCUCUCAUGAAUCUUGUGGGCGAGAUUGCAGCGCGGAUCCCCGGUACCGAGAAAGUAAUGCUCACUUGCUUUACCCGCAAUGUUCGUGGAGUGAAGUUCUAUGAGAAGCUGGGCUAUGCAAAAGACGAGUUCUCACCACCACCAAAAGUGCUGCGCAAUGGCACCAAGGUCGAGGCUGAGUACGUUAUCUUGAGCAAAGACAGGAGAUAAUACAGAAUCCCGUCUGACUCCUUCCGGUGCCUCGAGAUCGUAACACCUCAAAAUUCUGACCUAUGGAAGUCUCACAACCACGGCUGGUGGCAUGCAUGGGGUCGGCAUUGUAGUACAUGGGUGCAACCGUCCUUAUCCUCUCGCAACACAGGUCACAAUCGUGGAUUCACCGCAUAGCCAGUAAAAAGCAACUUUGGGGAGAUUUCAAUGCUGCAUCCUUGAGCAAGGCUGAAAUGGGCGCACAUUCCUGACCUCUCC